AUGAUCGCCCGCGUCGGCGCGUGCGGGGCGCGAGAGGUGACGUGCGAUGACCUCCACGCGCGUCGUCGCGAGUACGUCGUCCCACCCACCGGUGCGCUCGUCCAGAGACUCCGAGCGGUGACGCGGAGUGAAAAGGAUUUCCCAUUGAUCUUCGCCUUGGUGAACGUGCUCGCGACGACGCCGGCGAUGGCGCUCGCUUUGGUGUGCCGUGGACGACACUGGACGCACGGUGCGUCGUACUUCGCGUCGGUAUACGGAUUAUUCUUACAGAGGUUCGCGUUGGCGUUGCACUACGGGACGCACGCGAGCGCAUUCAGGAGAGACCGAGUGGCAGGAAGGAUCCUGGACAGCGUCGCCGGAGGGUUUCUGGCGCCGUUUUUCGGGAUCCCGAGUGGGGUAUAUAAGUUACAUCACGAUAUGAUGCAUCACGGGGAGAAUAACGCGCUCGGGAGGGAUCUGAGCUCGACAGAGGGACUGCGACGGGACAGUGUUUUGGCGUUCGCAGCGUACUGGGCGCGGUUCACGUUCUGGUCGAUCGUGGAGUUGCCGCUGUACGCGGUGCGUAAGGGGAUGUAUGGGACAGCGGUGAAGUGCGUCGCCGGGUUCGUUGGGACGUAUGCGGCUUACACGUGCGUGAAAUCGUUGAACGCGAUGGCGGCGUUUUGGAUCUUCGUCGUCCCUUACUUCACAAGCUCGUUCGCGCUCAUGUUCGGUAACUGGUCGCAGCACAUCUUCGUCGACCCGGAUAAGCCGCACUGUCACUAUCGUAACUCAUACUGCGCCAUUAAUCAUCCGGACAAUCAAUUGACGUUCAACGACGGUUAUCACACGAUUCACCACAUCAAUUCAAAGCUGCACUGGUCCGAGUUACCAGAGCAGUUCUUGGCGACGUUAGAUCAGUUCGCGAAGAACGACGGAUUGAUUUUCGACAAUGUUGGGUUCUUCGACGUCGGUUUAGCAGUUAUGUGCGGUAGAUUGCACUGGUUAGCAGAUAGAUACGUAAACGUGGGGCAGCCCACAAGAACGCGCGACGAAAUCGUCGCCUUACUCAAACAUCGAUUGAAACCGGUGCGGACGAAGCAAAAGCCAAGCUGA